AUGGGGCUCCAAACCGUUGCAUUAGCCGUUGCCGUUGGCCUUUUCCUGCUCAGAUAUCUGAACCAAACAGAUAUUUCCAAGAUAAAGAACCUGACUGAAGUUCCUGGCAUUCCUAUAUUUGGGAAUCUCAUCCAGCUGGGUGACGAGCAUGCCAAAAGAGCAGCAGAAUGGGUGAAGACAUAUGGAGAGGUGUUUCAAGUUCGACUGGGAAACAAGAGAAUCGUCUUUGCCAAUACCUUUGAUUCCGUCAAGUAUUUCUGGAUAACCCACCAAUCUGCGCUCAUCUCCCGCCCAACAUUGCAUACCUUCCACACCGUCGUAUCUAGCUCCCAAGGUUUUACCAUCGGUACAUCUCCAUGGGAUGAAUCGUGCAAAAGACGUCGGAAGGCUGCCGCUACCGCUCUGAACCGUCCUGCUGUACAAUCAUACAUGCCUAUCAUUGAUUUGGAAUCUAACGUCAGCAUCAAAGAACUUCUACAGGACAGCAAGGAUGGAACGGUAGAUAUUGAUCCCAACGCAUACUUCCAGCGCUUUGCGCUGAACACGAGCUUGACGUUGAACUACGGAAUCCGCAUUGAUGGAAGCAUCGACAACGAGCUGCUCAAGGAGAUCUGCCAUGUUGAGCGCAUUGUCAGUAAUUUCAGGAGCACGAGCAACAACUGGCAGGACUAUGUUCCCCUGCUUAGACUGUGGCCAAGUCGCAACGCGCAGGCAAAGGAAUUCCGAUCACGAAGAGAUAAAUAUCUGUCUCUCUUGUUGGAUAUGCUCAGAGAGAGAAUAGCGAAUGGCACGGACAAGCCAUGUAUUACUGGUAAUAUUCUGAAGGAUCCAGAGGCAAAGCUAAAUGAAGCCGAAAUCAGAUCCAUCUGCCUGACUAUGGUGUCUGCAGGUCUCGACACCGUCCCCGGAAAUCUGAUCAUGGGCAUUGCUUAUCUCGCUUCCGACCACGGCCAAGAAAUCCAAACUCGGGCCUACAACGAAAUCAUGAGAGUAUACCCAGACGGAGAUGCCUGGGAAAAGUGCCUGGUCGAAGAAAAGGUCCCUUACAUCACCGCUCUAGUCAAGGAAAUCCUCCGCUUCUACACAGUCAUCCCCAUCUGUUUGCCCCGUGUCAGCAUCAAAGACAUCCCGUACAAAGACGCAAUCAUUCCAGCAGGCACUACAUUCUUCAUGAACGCCUACGCCGCCGACUACGACGACACUCACUUCAAGAACCCCCACCUCUUCGAGCCGGAACGCUACCUCAACACCACCGACGGCAGCACCGGAACCCCCCAUUACGCCUACGGUGCCGGUUCGCGCAUGUGCGCAGGCUCGCAUCUGGCCAACCGUGAACUGUACACCGCCUUCAUUCGAUUAAUUUCAGCUUUCCGCAUGGUUCCCGCCAAGAACCCGGAGGACCAUCCGAUUCUGGAUGCGCUGGAGUGCAAUGCGACCAAGACGUCGCUGACGUUGGAUCCGAAGCUGUUCAAGGUUGGGUUCCGUGUGAGGGAUCGGGAGAGCGUGAAUAGGUGGAUAAGAGAGAGUGAUGAGAGGACGAAGAAUUUGUAG